AUGAAGAUGAGCAUGUUUCCUUCGUUUCACCGGCCGCUAGCGGGGUGUGACUACCGUGCGCUGGAAUUUUUCCACUUUCAGACCGUCGCCUGCUUCGGAUCCAGGGCCGGGGACUUCCUUCUCCGUGCAGCCUAUCAUGACGCGACGGUGCGAGUGGCUGCCACUGCGCUGGGGUCCUUGCAUCGUGCCUUUGUGCGUGACGGGCCAGCUGUGCCGCAAUCAGCAUUGACUCGGUAUGCAUUGCAGCAAUACAGCUCUGCAAUCCACCUGGCUCUGAAUCAGAUCCCUGGCCACUUUCGAAAUGCCGUCCAGCACGGUAUAGCCGGCCUACGAAUCCUCAGGCAACGGGAGGAGCGCUUUCUGAACGAAGGAAUCGUAGCCCGUCUUCCCCCGAGCAGUGUUCGCUUGAUAUUUGUCACAAUCGAGAAUCAAAUGCUCGAGGUAGACUGGAAAUCGUACCUCCCUGUCUCCAUCCAGUCAACCCUGCUGUCUCCCUCCAAACUGCCUCCAGUCGAACUAGAGGACGCGCCGACGCUCGACCAGCUCAGUGAUUUCUUUCAGUUUUGCUACAACCAGUAUCUCAAGUUUUUAUACCUGUCCCAGACAUCCGUGAGUGUGGAGCUGGUCCAAACCCUUCAGCAGAACCAGGCAUACUAUGCCCAGAUGCGACAGCACAUGCACGCCUGGUCGGCAAAGUUCGACGCAUUCCUCGAAGCCCAUGUGCAAACCGAGCAGAGCGAAAGCGAUCGCAUAACAGUGAGUCAUCUGAUGAUGUGGCGGAAGAUGAUGGGCAUCUUCCUGAAUAUGGAUGCGGGGCCCGCCGAGGGCGGGCUUGAUCGGUUCUCCUCUGAAUUCAGCGCGAUCCUAUGCCUAGCUGAGGAUCUCAUAAAUUCUACCUCUUCUGCACCUCCUGCUUCAACGGCAAGGCCCUCUGCCAAGCCACCCUCAGGUCGACAACAACAGAAUACCCCCCCUACAAUCCUCCCCAAGCCCGAACCAUCACCAUCACCAUCGUCUCCACCGCCGCCCUCCUCCUCCGCCUUCUUCGUCGUCUCGCUAGGACUCGUCCCCCUUCUCUGGAUCGUCGCCACAUCCUGCCGGCACUCGCAGAUCCGCCACCGAGCCAUUGACCUGAUGAGCCGCAGUCGCCGGCGGGAAGGCGUAUGGGACUCGGUCCUGUUCUCGACUCUUGCGCGCAAAAUGGUCACGAUAGAGGAAGAGGCUGCGGGAUUUGCCAAGGGAGCCAUGUACGAGCCGGCGGAUCUGCCUCUCUCUGCCCGGACUCAUACGGCGACCGGUGAGUUCUACGAGGGGCGACAGGGGAAGAUUGCGUUCUUCCGGGAUGGGGUCAAGCUUUGGGAGGAGACAAUGCAGUGGUGA